AUGUACUUUUUUCAUGCUUUGUUUGCCCAUCAUACAGAAUAUCCUAAACAGGCGGAUAAUUCACUUGCGACCAAGCAGUUGGAAGGUCGCAAGCAAAACAAGGAACGGAUUACAUCAACUAUUUUCUGCAACGGGGAUGGUUCCGACAAGCUGCCCCUGUGGAUUAUCGGAAACAUCAUAUGCACGUGA